AUGAUCCUGGUUUUCAUCUUCUUUCAACCGAACUCGACAACAUCAGAAAAUCGAAUCGUUGGUGGAAUCGGUAUCGCCCCUGGUGAAAUUCCUUUCAUUUGUUCCAUCCGUCAGCGCAUGCCGUCAGCCAAUUCGUGGAGCUGGUGGACAUACACCCACCAGUGUGGAGGAACGGUUGUAAACGGAAACUGGCUACUAACUUCCGCUCAUUGCAUUUUCGGAAAAGAUAUCGCCAGUUUAUUGGUUGUUUGUGGCUACCGACAGGGCCAAACCAUCGAACGGGUAGCUCUCAAGCCGGAUUACGUUCACGGGCGGAGAGGAAACGACUUGGCGUUGGUAUUACUCAAGAGCGCGUUGGUUUUUAGUGAAACUGUUCAACCCAUCCCCAUUUUCGAUCAACGCAUUCUUUCAUCCAAUGUGGCAACGAUUGUCGGCUAUGGAUUAUCAUCGUACGGCACAGAAUGCUGUCAAUCGAAUGGAUUACAGGCCGCCAUCGUUCCAAUACUUUCAUACAAUCAAUGCUACCAGCGUCUUGGAUCCCUGGCAGCUUAUCUAACAGGUGACACCAUCUGUACCGACACCAGUGCGACUGCUACCGGAACAUGCAUUGGCGAUUCAGGUGGUCCAGUGAUGAUUGCCACCGCACGGCAACCAUUCAACCUGCUAGCCAUGCCAUCGUGGACGGUCAACCCCUGCGGAAGUGGACCUUCUGUGCAUACACUGAUUUCCCCUCACCUUGGGUGGAUUCUUGACGUUAUAACACCGAAACUUGAAAAUAAUAAAUGUAUACGUUAG